AUGGGAUCAAAUUGCUGUGGAGAUUACGUUGCUGCUUCGCCAGAGAUGGUGGUGACGGAAAGCGAAUCAAUCGCGUUGAUACUUCUCUGUGUCGUCUUCAUCAUUCUCUUCUACGGCUCGAUUUUUCUUCUCUGCUUCAUGAUGUACCCGAAGUUGAAGGAAGCAAUCGUGAAAUGUGGCGACGGCGGCCACGAUGACAGGAUUAGAGCAGAUUUAUACAUUAUUUGUUUGGAGGAUUUUGAAGUAAACAACGUUGUUAGGGUUCUGGUGGGAUGUAAGCAUGUGUUUCACGUGCAGUGUAUAGACUCGUGGUGUUUCUAUAAGCUGAUGUGUUCGGUUUGCAGAGCACCGUUCCAGUAGUUUGGUGAUUGGUAA